GUUGUGGAAGGUAUUCUUUGUAAAAUGAAGAAUUUCUAUAAUCAUUAACACAUGUCUUCAUAUUGAAAUGAUUUUCUACGAAUUGGUUAUGACUUGUUGAUCUAUCUUGAUUUUUCAAUUCACAACAAUUCUGAAUCGUGCAUCUGUUAGAUAGCAGCAUAGAGAUUCUGGCAGAAGCGAUAGUCAAAUCUCUUACUGCUGGUUUGAGUUGGGUGGCCACAUCGGGGUUAAGCGAAGCCUAGUCAGCGCCAGUUACUGCAGAGUGAGAGGGUAAUGUGCGUUACAAGCGAGACUACGCCCAUAUUUUGCCUCUUUCCAGUGCUUUGUAUCAGGUGAAUUUUCCACGUGGGGGAAUAUGAUUUACCCCUCCCUACGCUUUUCAGUCAAUUUCUAGAAAUUUUAUAUGGACCAUGUUUUUGAAAAACUAGGGAGGGGGUAAUUCCCCCAUACCCCCUAUAGCUGCGCCACUGGGCCUUGUUACCAGUCACAAGCCAAGCUCUAUGAGAAAACGGUCUUACCAAGGCUUCUCCGUGGUUAUUUGGGCAACUUCGUUUGCCAUGACUACUUAGUGAAAUUGAGCAAAUUUUCUGUUUUUUUUAGCAAUGAGUAUGCCGUAUAUCCAUGCCGUAUUGACUUUUGAGCUAAUAGUUGCUGCUAUUAGUUGUUCGACUGUAUUCCUAGUUCCAUGAUAGUCCCAAUUCCAUAUUUUAAUAAUAGCUCUGGGUGGCUAUAAUACCCUAUAAUAAUAUGAUAUCCUACAACUUUUUGUCUUCCCUGGAUAAUGCUUUGCCUUAUUGUUCUGCUUCAUUGUACUGUUUACAAGCUGCAGGUCGUAGGUAAGCAUGCUAUUGACACGUCCACCAAAGCAGAAUUCCUCCGGUAUUCUUCCAGUACAAUGGCAAGCAACCAAGCAAUGGUAAAUGAAGAACUUCCUCCUGAAAAGUUUGCAGAAAAAAUCAGCCGACUAAUAGAUAAUGCAUCCGUUUCGAUGGCCAUUGCUGUAGGAAGUGAACUGGGCAUUUUUAGCGUAAUGGCCCAACUGGAGAAACCAGAAACAUCCGAAUUCAUCGCCAAAAAGUCGGGCCUAAUUGAGAGGUACGUUCGAGAAUGGUUGGCUGCGCUUGUUACUGGCAAGAUAGUUCACUACAACAGAGACGAUAAUACGUAUUUCCUCCCUCGCAGCUACAUCCCCCUCUUGAAAGGUGGAAGUAUGACAAUGUUCUCCACAAUACUGCUGAUGUUUAGCGAGCGCUCCCAAGAACUGAAUGCAUGUUUCAGAAAUGGAGGGGGUAUUCCUUACAGUUCCUACAAAGAAUUUCAUAGAUGGAUGAACGAGUUUUCGACUCGGAACCACAAGGCUAAUCUAGUUGAUGUAUUCAUUCCUAGCAUCGAAGGUCUCAAGGAGAAACUCGAAUCUGGCAUCAAAGUUCUCGACAUCGGUUGUGGUUCAGGAUCACCAGGAUUAAUAAUGGCGGCUAAAUUUCCCAGAAGCGAGUUUUAUGGUUUUGACAUUUCAGAAGAAGCCAUAACAAAAGCGAAAGAAGAGGCUGAAAGGCAGGGUUUAGUCAACGCCCACUUCAAAGUACAAGAUUGUGCCAAUCUAGACUUGGAAUACCAAGAAGAUUUUGAUUACGUCACUGCCUUUGACUCUAUCCAUGAUCAGGCACAUCCAGAUAAAGUUCUGGCUGAAACAUGCAAAGUUUUGAAAAAAGAAGGCAUAUUUUCUCUUGUUGAUAUCAAUUCCCACAGUAAUGUUGCUGACAAUAUCGGCCAGCCGUUAUCGUGUUUGAAAUACGUUGUCAGUCUUUUUCAUUGCAUGCCAGUUAGUUUGUACUUUGAAGGUGGAAAAGGUCUUGGGACAUGUUGGGGCAAGGAACUUGCAACCGAUAUGAUUAAAAAGGCAGGAUUUACUGGAGUAGAUAUUCGCCAUGUUGCUAAUGAUCACUUCCAUGUGCACAUUUUAUGCACAAAAUGAAUAGACAGACUUUUCAAACUGAAAAACACUGUUGUGGAAGGUAUUCUUUGUAAAAUGAAGAAUUUCUAUAAUCAUUAA